AAAUCCGAAGUGGGUGGAUUACAAAUGAUUAAGGAACGCUAAUUUACAGUAAAUUGCGGCCUUACGACGGUAUACACAGCAGUUGUACUUUGGUUAUUGUUAGAUGUCAGUGACUGACUAGGUUCUGAUUUUCUUCUGUGGUCUAGUGUUCUGUGCUGCUCGCUGCACUUGAGAAGGAGAGUACCAAAGCGUCAUUCUUAAUUGGCUUUUAGUUACUACCACCUCGCUCUUGACCAGAAGUACAGCCCUGGCUACACCUGUGCCUAAGGCUCUUUCUAGGUUCCCGGAGCUGUGUUGCCUCUUCGCCUCCUCAGAUACGGAUUCUUAGGGCCUCAUUACCUGCGCUUCCCAUCCAUGCCCUGACCCUGGUUUACUGUGAACGGUACCUCAGACUCUUGGUCUUUACUUUGCCCAGCCAGGUCAUGCCGUUGCCCUCUUAGCCCAUCUGAUUUGUCCCCCAUCCUGGGGUUCCCUGAGUCAGCUCUGGUUUCUGUCCAGUGCAAUAGGAAGAUCUUAUUACUAACAAAUUUAUCAUUACUGGUUUGGGUGGGCUGACAAGACAGGCUCUCUAGGCCUUGUCUUAGCUGGAAGAUGAGAAUACCUGCUGUCCAUCAACGCUCUAAGAUAGUUGUGAGGCCCAAAGGCUUUGUGUGUGAAAAUACCUAGCAAAUUACCUUAAAGAACUACACAGAUGUAGGGUGGUUGUCCUGUGAUGAUUAUAUAUUAUCAUCAAUAUUUACCUAGAAAUGCCCACAAAACUUAACCUUCCCACAGAAUAUCCACUAACUUUCCUCAUGCUUUUAGGCUGAUUACAGGAUAUAAAUAGCAAAGUCAAUUGGAUGCAAUUAGAUCUUCGCCUUCACUUCAGGUUAAGGAGGCUUAUUUCUGCUAUUCUGAUGAACCCUAGAGGAAGGGAGCGAGGUCGCUGGAGGCAUGGCGAAGGGCGGGGUGAGGACUGCGCAGACUCAGCGCCUUGGCUCCGGGAGGAAGUUGGGAGCACCGGCGUCUAUGGUCACCAUGGUGACGGGACCGACUUUGGCCCCUCCCACCUGCCCCUCACCCUGCUGGGCGCACCAUGGCAACCAGACUUCUGCACUGCGGAAGCGGGUUCCGCAGGUCUUCGCCGUUGGGAUACCGCGGCGGACGCCGCCUCCAUCCCGAGGGACUCGAAAAUGUACAGCCAGCGAUUUGGCAUCGUACAGCGGGAGGUUAAGGGCCCCACUCCCAAAGUGGUGAUUGUGAGAGCCAAGCCUCCCAAAGUUCACGGGGCCGAGCAACAACUGGAAAGAAUCCAACGCAGCCAUCAGAAACAUCAUGCUAUUUUGGCUUCUAUUAAGUCAAAGGAGAGAGAUCGCUUGAAAGUUGAGUGGGACCAGCACAAUGAUCGCAAGUUUGUGGACAGUCUUGUGAAAGCAAGAAUCAAGGAUGCCAUGCAAGGUUUUAUCAUCAACACUGAAGAAAGACGAAAUAAGCUACGUGAACUUUUAGCAUCAGAAGAAAGUGGGUAUUUAACUGAAAUGCAGUUGAAAGAAGAAACAAUUAAGGAGAAAAAAGAUAGAAUGAGAGAUAAAACCAGAUUAUUGAAAGAGAAGAAAGAAAAAGAGAGACAAGAUCUUGUGGCUGAAAAACUAGACCAGCAAUUCAGAGAACGGUGUGAGGAGCUCCGUGCUGAAUUGUUUUGUAUCCAUGAGAAGAAAGUGAGCGAGGAGCGGAAAGCACAGGUAGCUUUCAAUGAAGAGUUGAAAAGGCAAAAACGGGUGGAAGAGCAGAUGUUCUCAAAGCUCUGGGAGGAAGACCGAUUAACCAAGGAAAAGCGAGAAGCUGAAGAGGCGAGGAGGCAGAAAGAGCUGGUGGAGAACACACGCCUGGGCCUUAAUGCCCAGAUCACGAGCAUCAAAGCGCAGAGGCAGGCCGAACAGCAGCUGAAGGAAGAGGAGGCACGCUUUGUGGAAAAUGACAAAGCACAGGUGAAACUCGAGAAUGAACAGGAUAAGCUAAAGAAACAGAAGGCAAAACAGGAAAUUAGGGCUGCUUUGCAGAAAGCCCUCCAAGAGAAGAUAGAACAUAUUCAACAGGAAUAUAGAGAAGAACAGGAUUUGGACAUGAAGCUUGUGCAAAGGGCCCUUCAAGACUUACAGGAAGAUGCUGAUAAAAAGAAGCAAAAAAGAGAAGAGAUGGCAAGAGAACAGGAGAUAUAUCUUCAGUAUGUGGCACAGCGGCGUGAGGAGGAGAGAGCUCAGGAGAAAGAACUGGACAGAAUAUUAGAGGCAGAGAAGGAAAAGAAGUUGGCGGAGAAGGACAAGGAGCUGAGACUUGAAAAGGAGGCAAGGAGACAACUUGUGAAUGAGGUCAUGUGUACGAGAAAACUUCAAGUUCAAGAAAAAUUACAACGAAAGGCAAAAGAACAGGAAGAACGUGCUAUGGAACAGGAACGCAUAAAUGAAGGCCUGAAAGAGCUUAACCAUGCAGAGAAGGAGAAUUUUGCAAGGCGCUCCAGUUUGGCCCAGGAGUACAGAAAGCAGCUUCAGAUGCAAAUGUCCUACCAGCGGCAGGCCCGGGAAGCACAGAAGGAGGAGGAACGCCGAGAGUUUGAAGCAGGGGUAGCAGCAAACAAGAUUUGCCAAGACAAGAUCAGGGAGAUCCUGUCUUUCCAUCAAGUGCUGCCCCGAAACAUUCAUCCCAUGCGGAGGGCAUGCCCUGAUAAGCUCCCACCGUAGUUUCAUAGACAUUAAUAUAUUUUUUCACAGUCUUUUCAUGUCUUUAACUAUAGUAUACUGGUCUGUUCUUUUCAACUCAUGGAUAAACUUCCUUUAUUUCUCUGAGUUUCCAUAAUUCUACAUAAUGUUAUUCCUUCAAAUUAAACUUCGUGCCUUUUUUUAGACUUCAUAGACUUACA